AUGCCCAGCAGCUACCUGGUGGGGUACGGCGCCAAGUUCCCGGCGAGGGUGCACCACCGCGCCGCGUCCAUCGUGCCGUACAAGGACAGGAAGGAGUUCAUCGGGUGCGCGCAGGGGUUCGACGACUGGUUCGGCCGCAAGAGCGCCAACCCCAACGUGGUCGUCGGCGCCAUCGUCGGCGGGCCCGACCGCCACGACAGGUUCAGGGACGACAGGGUCAACUACAUGCAGACGGAGGCGUGCACGUACAACACCGCCCCCAUGGUCGGCAUGUUCGCCAUGCUCAACAGGGUGGCGCGGCAGCAGGGCCCCUCGCCGGCGACGCAACGGCCGGAGAGCAGUAGAAGUACUGCGGCGGAGUGA